AUGUCUGAAACCGAGUCGCAUCGAGAUGCUCGGUCAUCUCCGCCGGCCUCUGCGCCGGCAAAGACCAAGGCAAGAAAGUUGCCUGGAUGGCUGGAUCACUUCAAUGCGCGCGAUCUCAAAGUGCUCUUCCGCUGCUCGCUGGCGGCGUGGGUUGCGUCGCUGUUGAUCUUUAUUAAUCCAACUCUGAGCACGAUUGGCAGUGCGACGUUUUUCGCAACUUUGGUGCUGUUUAUGGUGCCCCCGACCGGUAUUGUGUUUAUUUUCUUGCUGGGUGCUCUGACUCUUGUAGUUGGUAUGGCUCUUGGCUGGGCAUGGGGUGUCGUCGCUAUGAAGGCUGGUCAGGCUGCUAGACCAGCGAUUGAGACUCAGGCUAGGCUGCAGUUGCUUGGGCAGACCGCGUAUAGUACGGCUAAUGCUACUGGACAAAGUCUGGCGGCUGUUCAGCAGGUGCUUGUUUAUACGGGCUUUAUGCUCGAUGCUCGUGUUACUGCUGUCUAUUACUGCUUGAUUUGCUUUUUCAUUUACGUGAUGGCUCGUAUUCGCGCAAAGAAUCCCAAAUUUGUCCUGCUGCAGAUUUUUGGAACUAUUAUUAUCGAUGUCACGUUAACUAUUGGCCCGCUGUUGCCAUCAUUCAACGGAACUAUUCCCAAGGUUCUAGUCGAGCCAGCUGCUAUCGGUAUUGGACUGGGGUUGGUUGCUCACUUCAUCUUCUUUCCUCGAUCUACCUCCCAUGUGGUGCUCGAUGGAAUGGAGGGUCUGGUACGCCUACUCAAAGGUCCUCUCGAUGCCACAGAGAGUAGUCUUCUCAAAGGCGAAGAUCUGGUCCUUGCAGAUCUGCACGCAAUCAAGGCGAAAAGCAUCGCUGCUUACAAGGCCAUUGAGCCGGCAAUCGCGUUUCUACCAUUGGACUUCUCCGUCGGUUGGUGGGGUGCCGACGACGUGAAGAGCAUGAAGCAACCCAUUCGUCAGGCUUUGAUGAGUAGCCUGUCCUUGCUCGAGAUUCAUAUCGCCCGUCUCGGUGGACACGCAAAGCUGGAGAAGCUGCACCAAAUUACCAUUGAUCGCGAUUCCGACACCGAGUCCCAAGCAACCGGACAGGAAAAGAAGCGCCCGCGCGAGGUUGGCAUGCGCCAAUUAAUCGAGAGCGUCAGCCUAGUCCAAUCCCUCCGCAGCCCAGAACAUGAAUCCUUUCGGUCGGAAACCAUCGAUGCACUUCGCGAAUCAAGCAAAGAAAUCAUUCCAGCAUGUCAACAUGCCACAGAGCUCGUCGCCGAGUGCAUUGGUACUGUCAACAAGCGGUGGAUCGGCCGUCCAUCCAAGGAACAUCUCAACGAACUAUACGAGCGCAGUCAGUCCGCGCUGCAGAAUCUCCAGUCUCUCCGAGAAUCAUUCGCCACGGAAACUACAGAACGCCUCAUUUCCACACAUGGCGAAAUAUUCGACGAAAAGGGCAUGCUCAAGUCCCUCGAUGAGUCCUCAGUGCACAGAUUGAGGGGCAUCACCAUGGGAAUGAUCUUCGAAGAACAGGUCCUCGGUGCCGUGAAUGGAUGGGAACGUGUGCUGGGCCAACUCGUCGCUCUCCUGAAAGAACGGCAGAAGGUCAGAUUGUGGCUACCGAGAGGUCUGCGAUAUGCGGUCAAUUGGGUCCGUCGUAAGAACGCCGUUGCACCUAUCCCAGCAACCUCGAACCCGAUCGUUGAUCCCGAUGUCGCGGAAACUCAGUCCAAGGCGGCGCAGCAACAUCUGCGCAUCAGUAGAGGGUACCGUGCUAAUCGGCGUAGUGGAAUCGGAAAGGCCAUCAUCGGUACCUAUCAUUGGUUCAUUAAUCCAGAUGGCCUUUUCGCUUUGCGCAUGGUGGUUGUUACUAUCGCGCUCGCUAUCCCCGCUGCUAUCCCUCACACUGCGGGGUUCUAUUAUCGAGAGAAGGGACUUUGGGCUCUUAUCAUGGGCCAAACCACUUUGGUCAUCUAUAUGGCAGACUUCACUUUCUCCCUCCUCAGCCGAGCUAUCGGUACCAUCGUUGGCGGCCUGUUGGGUCUCGCUGCGUGGUAUAUUGGUUCAGGACACGGUCCUGGGAAUCCGUACGGCCUGGCCGCGAUCAUGGCAGUUGUAAUUAUCAUUAUCAUGUGGGGACGGAUUUUCGCUCCUCCCGCCAUGAUGCAGGCUAUGAUAAUGGCUGGUGCGACCUGCAUUUUGGUCAUCGGCUACAGCUAUGAGGAUACACACAUCCCAGCCUACGGAAACCCCGGUUGGGGAUACAACGUCUUCUGGCGACGACUCGUUCUUGUCCUUAUUGGAUCCGCAGCAGCACUGAUUGUACAGCUAUUUCCUCGACCGCCGUCUGCAUCGCGCCACAUCUGCAAGUCUCUUUCGAACGUCAUCCGCUCCUUGUCCGACCACUACGCUCUCCUCCUCUCAUGCUGGGGCCAAGGGCGCGAAGAAGGUCUAGCAGCAGAACAGCUCGCUCUCGACCUCGCAGAAACUCUCACCACUUUGGACGGACCCAUUGCUCUCCUCCGUUUCGAGUUCUCCAGCUCACCAUUCGAUAGCGAGCGUCUAGGCCAGGUGAAAUCGCUCUGCCAAGACCUCAAUCAGAACCUUGGUCGCCUGCUCUACCUAUCGGCCUCGCUACCAGAACACCUUCAGAGCCGCCUUGCGCGCCAAGCAGGUCUCCUGGACCACCGCAAUAUCGGCGACGUCAUGGCCGUCCUUGGUAUAGUUGAACAAGCGCUCAAAACGGGCGACCCUCUACCAGAGGUCCUCCCUACGCCUCUGCUGAAGCGCUGCCACGAUUUCUGGCAAUCGCGCCAGGUCGACAUCACCCUCAGCAUGGACUUGAUCCGCGAUGAAAACUACCGCCGCUUCUGCGUGGCUGUUAGCGCUUAUCUUAAAUUCCUCGCCGCGGUCGAUGACCUGGUGCUGGUGAUGAAGGGCACAUUGGGCGAGUCGCACAUUGUUAGUCGGGAAUUGGUGACUGAUCAAACCGUAUAA